AUGGAAGAAUCAAUUAACACCGUGAGACUUUAUGCUCAUAGACCAAGACCAGGACAGACAGUUACAGCUCAUUUGACAGAGCUGAGAGCAUUAUAUCUUUCUAUUCCAGAAUAUGGCAUCAAGAUGGUUGGAGUCAAACAAAUGGGUCGGGACGGCACUAUGGGAACCAUUUCCUCAUAUUUAGCCUCACUACCUGGAGCAACUUCAAGCAUGUAG